AUGGCGCGCUUCUCCACGUCCGGCCCCACCACCGGAGCAGGCGUGCGCACGCGCGCCAGGGCGCCGUUUCCGGCUCCGCGGCCUCACGUGACUGACUCCGUAACACGUGAUGAUUGUUUCUCAGUAGCGCGAGUGCGGAGGACCAUGGAGCUGCUGCCCGGGCUGAGGCUGAGGCUGGGGCCGGGGCCGGGGCCGGGGCCGCGACCCGGGUCCGUGCUGCCGUUGCUGCUGCUGUUCUGGUUGGGGCCGCGCCCCCUCGCCAGAGCAGGGAAAAUGAAGAUCGUGGAGGAGCCGAACACCUUCGGAUUGAAUAACCCCUUCUUACCUCAGACCAGUCGGUUACAGGCCAAGAGAGACCCAUCAGCAACCUCAGGUCCUGCACAUCUCUUUAGACUUUCUGGCAAGUGCUUCAGUUUAGUGGAAUCCAUGUACAAGUAUGAAUUCUGUCCCUUCCACAAUGUCACACAGCAUGAACAGACUUUCCGUUGGAAUGCCUACAGUGGAAUUCUGGGGAUUUGGGAUGAAUGGGAAAUUUUCAACAAUACAUUUACUGGCAUGUGGAUGAGAGAAGGAGAUUCCUGUGGGUCUAAGAGCAGGCAGACAAAGGUGGACCUUGCCUGUGGAAAAAGUCAUAAACUGGCCCGAGUGUCUGAACCAAGUACUUGUGUUUAUUCUCUAACCUUUGAGACACCUCUGGUUUGCCACCCACAUGCUUUGUUAGUGUAUCCAACCUUACCGGAGAAUUUACAGCAGAAGUGGGAUAAAACAGAGCAGUCUCUUGCUGAUGAAUUAAUUACCCCACAGGGAUAUGACAAAUUGCUGAAAGAGAUAUUUGAAGAAGCAGGCUAUUUAAAAGUCUCAACUGAAAAGGCGGCUACAAAUUCAGAGGGAGAUGUCAAGAGUCCUGAGUUUGAAACCCUGGAGAAAUGUAAUAAGGAAUAUGAGGAACUUUCCAAAGAAUUAAAAAGACUGAAAGACUUGCUAACUCAGAAUCACGUUGCAUACACAAAGCAGAGAGAAAGCACCAGGGCUGAACAUUUGGAUUAUAAGACACCUGCAACCAGCUCCCCAGUCUGGAGUAGUAUCAGGCCCCCAGAGCAUCUUCGAGGAGAUACUGGCCUUCAAAAUGACCUCUUGUGACUGUUCACAGGCGGAAGGCCUAAAGAUUCUACGUUGAUUUAUACAGACAUGAUACACAUCUUUGUAUGGGAGAGAGGGAAGUAAGCUUUAAGGUUGCUUUGGUGCUCCCAGGGGACUGAACCCCUACCUACUAGACCUAGUUCCAGAAAACUAUCUCCUCUCUUUCAUGGACACCCCAUCGUUUCAUCCAGGGAAACCAUGAUGUAAAAGAAGAGGACCUUGGAGACCAAGCAAGCUUCCCUGCCCACUUGUGAUGGAGAGAAAAAUCAAACAGUGAAACCAGGAAGAGGAGCAACAGGUCAUAGGGUAAGGCUGAAGCUCUUUGGUGCUAAUGAAAGCUUAAGGCAAAGAAUAAAAAACACUACAGGGAAAAAUAAAUACUUUGUAUAUUAAAGGCACUAUUUUAAGUAUGGAAUACCCUAUAAAUAAAUAAAUGAAUAAAUGAAUGAAGUGA